UUUGCGGUGUGCGGCGGCACAAGUGCGUCGACGAACUCAUUUUAGUCAGGAAAAUGACUCCGAGGCAUCUGCACCUUUUCGUUAUAAUCCUGGUUCCGUUUCUUUUCGCCACGAUAAAAUGCCAUGAUAUAGAAUACCAAGUGGGAUCCACCAUCGCGCUGUGGUGCGUCGGCGAAGGAAAGUUAUCAUGGAGGUUUGAACCGAGCGAGCUGGCCAGAAAUUUUGAUAGAGACUCAAACGACACGGAUAGGUCAAACAGAGGCCGGGCUCUUCUGAAGAACAAGCCGCAGCGAUUUAUUCUUACCAUAGAUAAUGCAUCUUUCAGUGACACUGGAAACUACGCGUGUGUUGAAAAUGGAAACGUGAUUAAUUCAACAAAUAUCUACGUUCAUGACAACGUCGAAUGCGGCACUAUGAUUGUUCCACUUGAAUUUGAAUCAGCGUACAUCAAUGUUGCUACCGGCAACGAUUUUUUGAUUCCUUGCCGUCCAACGAGACCGGGUGUAAAUUUGACAUUGCAUGAACCAAUGCCGAGCGAUGACGACCGAAUUGAUUAUAAAUAUAUUCCGCAUAAGGGUUUUUUGGUUCGGAAUGCGGUCCUCCAUUAUCAAGGUUUUUGGGGUUGCAAACCUGCAAACUGCCCAAAUUACGAAGCAGUUGAAACCUACGUUCAAUAUAGUUAUGAGGAGUACGACAAACCACAUAUAAAAGAAUUAGAAGAUCCACGUGUUAAGCUGGGAGGUGAGCUCUGUUUGACCUGCUUCUAUCAUCAAUCAAACGAUGAAAAAAUUGAUUGGGUUCAUCCCGAUGGUUCAAUAAUUAGAACGGAUGGUCGGUUUAGUUUGCAAGUAUCAUCGCGUAAAUCUGGAAGAUUGUUGAAACCAAACAACUUGGAAGUGGUUCUAAGCAUUAAAAAUGUGUCUCGUUCAGACAGUGGCAUGUACAAGUGUCAGGUUCAGAACAACGGUACCCACGCAGCCUCUGUUCGAAUAUACGUUAUAGAUCCGCUUAGCACCUUGCAGCUAAAGAUUUCAAAUGAAGAAAAGGACAUAACGGCUAAUUCCAGUGUUAAAUACGUUCAAUGGGCCAUUGAGCUUAUACCGAGAGACCCGAAAAUUAUUCAAUGGAUACUACCAUCUGGGAAAAAUCACACCUCGAUGCCGAGAUACAAAAUUAUGAAUUCCAAAAACUCUGAAAAGCAGGUCCUUUUAAAAAUUGAACAACCAAACAUUGAUGACGCGGGAGCGCACCGUAUAAUUGCACGAUUUAACAAUUCAGAGGAAGAGCUUCGUCUUACUCUCACUAUGAAAUCAAAACCCAUCGUAAAAAUGACGAAUCUCUCCACAUUCUACCACCCCGACCAGACGUACAAAAUCGAAUGCAAUCAUAAAGGCUCCCCUCCGGCGGAAAAAUACACAUGGACCUUUUGCCCCGAAAAUAACGUUUAUUGUAACGAAUCGCAACAUCAAUUGAUGAAUGGAUACUCCGGAUCUUUAUAUAAAUUUAAAUCAAACACAACUGGCACCUUGAACUGCACCGCGUGCAACGAAUACGGAUGCGGCAGUUCAGAUGUUAUCAUGGUUGUUACGGACACUAAAAAGAGAGAAGGCAUUGAUGCGCCGGCCCUAGUCUACUUUGGCGAUUCAGUGAAGAUUAAGUGCUACGUGUCUAAAUACCCUUGCCGUCGUGACUGGCAAUGGUACUUCCAGAGUGACGGCCAAAUUUUGAUCACGGACAACGGGACAAGUAUUAGGAAAAACGAGGAAACGGCUUACACCUAUUACAGUGAAGUUGAAAUAAAAAGAGUUCAUUCUAGCCACAAGGGAAAAUAUAUAUGCAAAGCGAAUUGCAAAAAGGACUCAAAUAAAACCACGAUCACCUACGAUCUUGUACCAAGAGCUGUACAGCCUAUUGAAUUUAAAAAUAAAGCCCAAACCGGCGAUUAUGUUGUUGCCGAGGGUUCGACCGGAGUUAUGGUGCUUGACUGUGAAGCCAGUGCAGACCCGAUGCCACUAGUGGAGUGGUUUCACAAUGGAGUAAAAAUUGAGCCAAAGUCAACAAAAACACCGAUGACUUUCCACAUAAAUAAAUCUAGGAAAGAAGAAGAAGGAAAGUACAAAUGCAUCCUGUACAGCAAACAUAACACCAAAGAAAGGGUUUUUAAUGUGAAAGUUCAAUCAAAAUACAUCAGCCUCAUGAUAAUACUGCCGGUACUCAUAAUUCUCGCUGCCCUACUCGCAGUCGUUGUCUACCUGUGGCGGGCCGUGAAAAAGGAAAAGAUGAAAGUGCGGCGCCUGACAGCUCAAGAAGUGAAACUCUUUUUGGAAGGAGCAACUGAGAACAUCGACUUCAGCAUUGCCCUCGACCAGCAAGCUGACCUCCUGCCCUACAACCCCAACUACGAGUUUCCACGAGAACACCUCAAGCUAGGUCGGCAACUGGGCAGCGGUGCCUUUGGCCGGGUGGUCCGUGCGGAGGCAAGUGGCCCUCUUUUUGGAGCAACCGCCGAUUUAGAAGGGUCAGACGAGUCGGAGGCAAACGAAACCAAGGUGGUUGCCGUGAAAAUGGUCAAACCGAGCGCUGAAUUGAGCCACGUUAAAGCUCUGAUGACCGAGCUCAAGAUUUUGAUCCACGUUGGCAAGCAUUUGAACGUGGUCAACCUCCUGGGAGCGUGCACCAACAAUUUGUGCAACAAGGAGCUAUUGGUGAUUGUGGAGUAUUGCCGCUACGGGAACUUGCAUUCAUAUUUGAUGAGACAAAGGGACAAUUUCGUGGACCAGGUCGACCACCUGAAGGACACGCUCGAUUUCACGAUUGGGGCAAAGGAAGACGACGAAGCACAUUACGAAAACCAAAGCGUUAUAAUGGAACAAAAGCAAGUGCUGUUCAAAAAGGAAACGAGAACCAUCAUGUACGACCCACACCCCGACUGCGACAAUAGAUACCACGGGGAAGCCACGUCAGCCACGGAUGGGAGCAGCGUCACCGAGCACUGGACCACAAAAUACAGGAGCGACUUUAAAGGCGAGCUCAACCGGAUAACCACAAAAGACUUGGUGUGCUGGAGCUAUCAAGUGGCUCGCGGCAUGCAGUAUCUGGCCUCGAGGAGGAUUGUCCACGCGGACCUGGCGGCGAGAAACAUUUUGCUCGCCGAAAACAAUGUGGUCAAAAUAUGCGACUUUGGUCUUGCAAGAAAUUUGUACAACGAUGCAAAUUACUUGAAGAAAGGAGACGAUCCGCUACCGGUGAAAUGGAUGGCGAUUGAGUCGAUUCAGGACCGAGUAUUUUCGACUGAAUCUGACGUGUGGUCAUUUGGUGUGGUCAUGUGGGAAUUUUUCACUCUGGCUAGGACACCAUAUCCUGGAAUUCCGCUAGAUGAAUUCUUCCUGCAACGACUAAUUGAUGGAUAUCGAAUGGAAAAACCACAAUUUUCUACUACAGAAUUGUACCGAAUAAUGAGAAAAUGCUGGGAUCAUAGCUCAUCAAAGAGGCCAGGCUUCAAUGAACUAAUCAACAACAUAGGCCAAAUUCUAGAUGACAAUGUUAAACAGUUCUAUCUUGAUCUCAGUGGACCGUAUGUUAGAAUGAACUCCAUACAUCAAGAGUACGAGAACGGAAUUCGCAUGUCGCUCUCGAAAGAGGCUCAGGCCACUGUUUCUAAUGUGGCAGAGGUGGGGGCUGUGAGCAAUCCACUCUACGCAUUGCACGAUGAAGUAGUAAAGAAAAAGUCGCAAACAGAGAAAACAGCCGACGACAGCCCAGACGGAGACUUUGAAGGCUACCUCAAAAUGAAUGCUUCGAAAAACGACCGACCGUCAGCACAUGUGUCGCAGGAAUCGAGUGUACAUUUGUAAAUGAAUUAAUUUAGCUAAUUUUGAA